AUGGAGGAACGAGAGCAAGACGACCGUCUCAGCGAGGCAUUUUGGCGAGCGGAUGAAGGUUCUGUGGAGACACCUCGACAACAAGUACGCAGACUGAGUGGAAUACAGGCGGAACGACGCACUUUGCGAGCCAAGAUGAGGGAUUCGGAGAAGGAAGGCAUUGGUAGACGGGCUCGACGAUGGCGUCGAGAUUCAAUCGGGGAGGAUGUCGCGAGUGAGAAUGGUGGCAACCGUCAUGGGAACGGUUCCCGCUCCCCGUCUGGAGUGACCUACGUCCAGCCACUUGAAGCCGCACGGCAAGAGGAUGAGCGGCCGUCGGGUCGCCUGAAUCAGCUCUGA